AUGACCUGGAUUUCGCGAUCCAUCACGGCCAUUGGUCUGCUGCUGCUCGGUCACGCCUGCUACUCGGCCCAAGAGCAUUCCGUGCUUCAGUCCUUCCGAGCCGCGUCGCCCCUAGCAACAUCCACACCGGCCGCUACCACGUCGUUACCGGCAGACAUCACCAUCGAAACAGCUGUAGCAACAGUGGUCAUUAUUCUUGGUCUUGUACUGGGCGCUCCGAACCUUCGGCCGAUUCAAUGGCGGGUAUGGGCUGGUAAGAUCGAGAGAGAGGGGGAGGCAGGAUUCCUAGCAGGCAACGGGGAGGUGGAGAAGGAUUACGUUGGCAAUCCGUUCCGCAUUCUUGAGAGCCGACCGGGCUUUGUCGACGUUCGGAAACAGAGACGCGAUUUCGCCAACUGGGUCAAGUCUGGCGAGAAGAUGAGGAAUGCGGCCACUUCACACUGA